AUGGCGAGCACUAGCAAGCAAACCCGAGGGAAACAAAAGAUUGAGAUUAAAAGGAUCGAGGACAACGAUGAUCGCCUAAUCACAUUCUCAAAGCGUCGAUCAGGCAUUUAUAAAAAGGCAAGCGAGCUUGUCUCUAUGUGUGGUGCUGAGGUCGGGGUUAUUGUCUUUUCCCCGACGGGGAAGCCCUUCUCGUUCGGGCACCCCUCAGUCCAGACCGUCACGGACAAGUUCCUAGGUAGGAACAUCCCUCCACCCGCACAGAAUAGGUUGCAGCAAUUAUUUGAUGCGAGUGAAAAAAUAAGGAUGGACAUAUAUAAUUAUUUCUUUAAUCGACUUCUUGCUCGGCUAGAUGCUGAGAAAGAGAGAGGAAGGGCACUAUCGAGGAUAACUCGCGCCACGAGUGAAGGGACAUCCUCGAACCGGCAGCUCGGAUGGUGGGAGAAGCCUCUUGAAGAGCUCUCAUUGAGUGAGCUCCAUGAAACGGACUCGUUCAUGGAGACAUUUUAUAGACAUUUAUGCAAUUUCUUGAACCACCCCGUCGAUCUAGGUUUCCUGGGCCUUGCUAAUCCAAUGGUUGAUCCUACGACUGCGAAUGAUCCAAGUAGUGGGGAAGAAGCCGGUGCUGGGCCUUGCUAA